GUAUUCUGAGAUUACAGAGUUUUGUAAACGCCAUCAAACGCCAUUAUUGCGAUAAUUACACAACGCUGUGUUUAUUAGUGUUUAUUAUGUGAGUCCAGUAGCUGUCACGACUCCAGUGAUUAUUUCUAAUCGAUAAUUACUUGAAGAUAUAAUUUUGUGUCGAAGGUGAUUUGUUCGGAUGUGUAGUCAGCUGGACUGAGGAUUUAUCAUGGCAAAUCAAAUAUGCCUGAAGUGGAACAGUUUCUUGAACAAUAUUGCCACGAGUUUCGAGAGCCUCUGGGAGGAGGAGGGACUCGUGGAUGUCACUUUGGCAAGUGACGGACAGUGCUUGACAGCUCACAAGGUCAUUCUAUCUGCGAGCAGUCCUUUCUUCAAGAAAGUCUUCCAGACGAAUCCGUGUCAACAUCCAGUGAUAAUUCUCCAGGAUGUCCACUUCACUGAGCUCGAGGCUCUUCUCAUAUUCAUCUACAAGGGCGAAGUGAAUAUCGAGGAGAAAAAACUGCCAGAUCUGCUGAAGGCAGCUGAGACCCUCCAGAUUCGUGGACUCUCUGGCAACGAUUCAUUUGCCAAAGAUGCUUGCAGAAAACUGCCUGAGUUGGGUCCACCUCCCCUGGAGAAGAGCACCCAGAGUGUCAGCGAAGAGACUCCCAAGAGGAAGAAAAGGAGGACCGACAAGGGAAAUGAUAAUUCCAUCCUCGAAACCGCUCUCAAUCCCAGGAGGACUCGAUCAGCCAGUGUAAGUGAGACAUCCAGCAGUGAGAAGAGCCCCAAGGAAGUGGAGGUUGAACAAGUUCCCGAUAAUGCUGUGUACGAUCCUCUAGAGAUGAAGAUGGAACCUUUUGAAGUGGUGAUGGAAGACUUGGGGAAAGAUGCUGCCAUCGAUCACGACAGACUAGACCCUGAGAGUCCAAAUGAGGCCCAAGGGAAUGCUAGAGAUCCAAUGGAAGAGAUUUCUGGCACGCUGUCAAGCCCCUCAGGACUUGCCGAGGCAAAAGCUGUGCUUUUUCCAUAUCAACAGUUACCGUACGCUGAUUUACUACCGAGUCCGGAGAUCAUUGGGGCGUGGGCUACAUCGAGACCGAUGGAUCAUCUGGCUUGUGAUCUAAUGAAGUUACUCUUCACGUCUGAAGAGAGGAUUAUGUGUAAUGUCAAUGGGAAAAUGGGAAAACGACAGUUUGAUAGCAAUAAAAUAAGGCUUAUCAGAGAAGUGCUGUUGCACUUCAGUGGAAUAUCACCAAAUAGUGUUGACUGGGAGGAGGCGUGGAAAAACUGUGUUACAAAAAUUGAUACUAGUAAUAGGGGCCUCAAGAGGUAUCUCUAUCAGAGACGGGCUGUUUACAGUCAAUGACUAGGGAGGUAUAAGUCAGGGGGCAAACGAAAACGCCAUCACUGACUUGAAGACUCUUUUUUAGAGGGGAUAUCCAGGCGAGAAUUAUUUAUUGACAUCAAUACGAAAAAAUAAUUUCUUUGUUGUUGUGGAACGAAAAGGCAAUUGAAAUAAUUGUCGUUUGGGAGAUUGUACUGCACUUGGAUAUCCUCGAAGGAAAUUCCAAAGUUACAAUAGUCAAAGAACUUUUCAAAAUUAUUUCCUUCAAAAGAUUGUUUUAAUAUUUAUUGAACUAUUGAUGAAGAAACCAUUCCAGCAUUUUCUGUCAUUUGAAAUUCAGCUUUAAACUGUAGAAUGUAAAAAAUACGAUUGGAAAAUCGCACGGGUAGUGAUUAUUGUGAAAAUUUAACGCACUAGAGGCUUACAGUUAUGUCUGUAACGGGGUGAUUAAUGAUUCUUAAUUUAAAUACGUGAGAUUUGACGUAAAUGUUAUGUUAAUGAAUGCUUGUAGAGUGAGCUAGGAUUAAUCAUUAGAAUCUGUGAGAUAAUGAGCAAAUAAUAAUUAAUAAUAUUUGGAUGAAAAAUGUGACUCUGAAAUUGAUGGAAAUCGAGUCAGAGAUUUUGUCAAUUGGUGAUCUAGUUCUUUAAUUCCGAUCUAGUGAAUUUUGCUCAAAUAGAUUAUUUCAUUUUUGUUUAUUCACUCGGUCGUUCAUCGAUAAAAUGUAAAAGUCUAUUUAUUUAUCGAAAUCAUUUCCUUUAAUUUCAGAAUCUAGAUAAAACGAUCACAGUACUCCUCAAUUAUUAAUAAUAAAUACGGAGAUUUAAAAAAAAUCUUAUCAAGCUCUACCCAAAAUUCUGUAUUACAAAAUGAGAAAAAUACAAGAAACAAAAAAUACAUUGAUAUUUUAUAUUGAUGAAUAUUGAAUUCAUUGACCCCUCAGCUGUAUUCA